AUGGCAGCUGAUUCAACAUAUAUGUCAGCAUCUGUAAAAUCUUAUCCAUUUUCAAUGUCAGAUAAAUCGGCAUUAAAUAAAGAAGAAAUAAUUGUUAAAGAUGAUGAAUUAACAUGGGAUGAACAAUGGCAUAAUUUUCGUGUUUGGUGUUAUAAUCCAAAAUAUCGUGAAGUUUGUGGAAGAGAUGGUUUAGGAUGGGCUAAAAUAGCUCUUUUCUAUUUUGUAUGGUGUAUGUUUAUGGCUGGUGUAUUUGCAUCAUUUGUUGGUAUUUUUAUGGCUAUUGUUGAUAAACGUAUACCACCAUAUAGAGGAAAUUCAAGUGCUAUUGCUUUAGAUACAUCUCGACCAAAUCCUGGUCUUGGUUUUCGUCCUCAAGUAAGUGUUCAAAAAACUUUAAUAAAAUAUCGUUCGUCACAUCGUGAUACAUGGGGUCAUCGUUAUGGUUGGGGUGAAUAUAAAGAACAAUUAGAUCAAUUUUUAGCUUAUUAUACUGAAGCUGAUGUUCGAUAUCAACGAGCAAUUGAUUGUGAUGGUGUUUCAAUUGAUAAACUUCGUCCACAAUUUUAUGAUGGUAAAUCAUGUCGUUUUGAUAUAAAUAUGUUUCGAAAUCGUCAAACACCAUGUGUUACACAAAGAAAUUUUGAAUAUAAUUUUGGUCGUCCAUGUGUUCUUUUAAAACUUAAUAAAAUAUAUGAUUGGGAACCAAUUACAUAUCAAAAUGCUGCUGAAGUACCUGAACAAUUUAAAGCUAUAUGGGAAAGUGAAUUUUCUGAUUAUAUAUUAGUUGAAUGUAAUGGAGAAAAUGAUGUUGAUCGAGAUUUUAUCUUUGAAAUCGAAUAUUUUUCACAAAUGAAUACAACAAGAAUAGGUGGAUUUCAUCGGAAUUUUUUUCCAUUUGUUAAUCAAGAUGGUUAUCGUAGUCCAUUAAUUUUUGUUUAUUUUAAAAAAAUUGAAACAAAUGUUUUAAUUAAUGUUGAAUGUCGUGCUUAUGCACGAAAUAUUGAGCAUAAUGAUAGUUUGGAAUUUAAACGUGGUAGUGUUCAUUUUGAACUUAUUGUUGAAUGA